UGAAAACACUUCUGAUUGAGACACAUCGCCAGCACGCUUACCGGCUGUCACUGUGCGCCGGCCCCACGACUUUGUGAUCUCGAACCCAAGUUUUUCCACGGCGAGAUGCCCCGGCAGUUUCCCAAGCUCAACAUUUCCGAGGUGGACGAGCACGUGCGGCUCCUGGCUGAGAAGGUGUUCGCCAAAGUCCUGCGAGAAGAAGACAGCAAAGAUGCUUUGUCACUCUUCACCGUGCCUGAAGACUGCCCCAUUGGGCAGAAGGAGGCCAAGGAGAGGGAGCUGCAGAAGGAGCUGGCAGAACAGCAGUCGGUGGAAACAGCUAAAAGGAAGAAAAGUUUCAAGAUGAUUAGAUCCCAGUCUUUGUCAUUACAAAUUCCACCUCAGGAAUGGAAAGCACCACCAGCCAAUCCUGUCCUGUCUCCUGCCACGCCAGUUCUCCCAAGUGCUUUUGUGCCAGUCCAAGUGCCAUAUGAUGUACCAGAAUUCCAGAGAGUUUCAAUUAGUGGGGACUACUGUGCAGGGGUUACAGUUGAUGAUUAUGAACAAGCUGCCAAGAGCCUGGUGAAAGCUCUUCUCAUCCGAGAGAAGUACUCGCGUCUCGCCUACCAUCGCUUCCCGAGAACAACAUCUCAGUACCUGUGCAGCAUGAGGGAUCAGAAAUGGAAGGUUGAAGAUGAGGUGUGCCCAGAUUUCCAUUCACCCCCAGAAGAAAAUGAAGAUCCUUAUAAUCUCGAUGAUGCCCCAGACAAUUUGGAUUAUGUUAUCAAGCUGCAAGGUGGCAUUCCCUUUGUUUAUGAUAACAAAGAGAUGAUGGAGCUCAAUGAGCCCCGGAGUUUGCCAUAUCCUGACCUGCAGACCUACACCCUUGACCUGAGCCACGUCCUUGCUCUCAUUGCAGAUGGCCCAACAAAAACCUAUUGUCAUCGGAGGCUUAACUUUUUAGAAUCUAAAUUUAGCUUACAUGAGAUGCUGAAUGAAAUGUCAGAAUUUAAAGAACUGAAGAGUAAUCCUCAUCGAGACUUCUAUAAUGUGAGAAAGGUUGACACUCAUAUCCAUGCUGCUGCCUGCAUGAACCAGAAGCACUUACUGAGGUUUAUUAAGCACACCUAUCAAACAGAGCCUGACAGGAUUGUUGCAGAGAAAAAAGGCAAGAAGAUGACUUUAAAGCAAGUCUUCGAAAGCCUGCACAUGGACCCCUAUGACCUCACUGUAGACUCUUUAGAUGUCCAUGCAGGACGUCAAACAUUCCAUCGAUUUGACAAAUUCAAUUCCAAGUACAAUCCAGUUGGUGCCAGUGAGCUGAGGGAUUUGUAUUUGAAGACUGAGAACUACAUUGGUGGUGAAUAUUUUGCUCGUAUGGUCAAGGAAGUAGCCCGUGAACUCGAAGAAAGUAAAUACCAGUACACAGAGCCCCGCUUAUCCAUUUAUGGACGGUCUCCAGAUGAAUGGCUCAACUUGGCCAAGUGGUUCAUUAAACAUAAAGUUUAUUCCCCUAAUAUGCGCUGGAUAAUUCAGGUUCCCAGAAUCUAUGACAUAUUUAGGUCUAAAAAUAUUCUGCCUAGUUUUGGGAAAAUGUUGGAGAACAUCUUUGUACCUUUGUUUGAAGCAACAAUCAAUCCCAAAGACCACAAAGAAUUGCAUCUAUUCCUCAAAUAUGUGACUGGCUUUGACAGUGUUGAUGAUGAAUCCAAACACAGUGGCCACAUGUUCUCUGACAAGAGCCUUAACCCUGACCUCUGGACCAGUGAGAAGAAUCCCCCAUAUAGCUAUUAUUUGUAUUAUAUGUAUGUGAACAUCAUGUUGCUAAACAACCUUAGGAGGGAAAGAGGCAUGUGCACUUUCCUGUUCCGACCUCACUGUGGAGAAGCUGGGUCUAUCACACACCUUGUUUCUGCCUUUCUCACAGCAGACAACAUCUCUCAUGGACUGCUCCUGAAGAAGAGUCCUGUCCUCCAGUAUCUGUAUUAUCUUGCACAAAUACCCAUUGCUAUGUCUCCACUAAGUAACAACAGCCUAUUCCUGGAGUACUCCAAAAAUCCACUACGGGAAUUUCUCCAUAAGGGACUGCACGUCUCCCUCUCCACAGACGAUCCCAUGCAGUUUCAUUACACAAAGGAAGCUCUCAUGGAAGAAUAUGCUAUUGCAGCUCAGGUGUGGAAACUAAGUACAUGUGACUUGUGUGAAAUAGCAAGAAACAGCGUUCUACAGAGUGGACUGUCAGAUAAGGAAAAGCAGAAAUUCCUAGGGGUGAAUUAUUGCAAGGAAGGGCCUGAAGGAAAUGACAUUCGAAAGACAAAUGUUGCCCAGAUCCGGAUGGCCUUCAGGUAUGAGACUCUGUGCAAUGAACUCAGCUUCCUGGCUGAUGCCAUGAGAACAGAAGAUAUUUCUACUCUGUCCAAGUAGUUACAAACUCAGAGAAACCAGAACAUGUCCCUCUUAAGCAGGAUAAGAUGCUAAUUAACCUCAAAUCGUCUGUCUUUGAUGCUACAGAGACAUAACUGAAGAGUACAGAGACAAAGUAUCUGUGGAAGGUAAACAGCGUUUGCCAUCACCUGUUACCGCAUUAUUCUCCUUGCAAAGAUUUUGGUUUCUACGAACAUUAGGCUUUUUAAGAUUGCUGUAAAUAUUAAAUGCAAACUCACAAUCAUGUACUAUUUGUUUCAUACUGUCUUAACUGUGCCCUGCAGUGUAGCCUGGGAAACCAGAGAGAAUAUUUGUAGUGCAGCUGUGCUGUGCACCUGAGGAUCCCACAGGUGUUGACAGCACACACCCACCUGGGUGGGUCCUGCAAGUCUCAGUACCA